AUGAGCCUUCCAGAGCAACCCAGCGCGAGACCCCAGGAGUCCGACGCGUCGGAUGACGAGCUAUUCUCUCGGCUGUUCCCACUUGAGAUCGCCUGGCGCGACCGUCAAGUGUUCCUUCAGUCUCGUGGAUACAUGUUGCGCCCUCGCCUGAGACCAGACUGGACACCAUCCUGGAGAACGAGCGGGAAAGCAGUAAUAGGGUCAGAGGACAGUGUUGCACUGCCGUCCCGGCAACAUCUUGUGGACGCAACGCGCACGAAAGACGGAGUUCUCGUCUACAUCAAACGAGUCAGAACCGGUGAUCAAGAGUCUACGAUCCUAUCGCUGCUUAACGAACCAAACGUCCGCGACGAUCCUCGAAACCAUGCAGUUCCCAUCCUCGACCACUUCCCGGACGAUGUCGAUCCUGCUAUAUCAUAUAUAAUCAUGCCCUUCUUGCGGCCUUACGAUUGGCCGGCCCCCGAGUGUGUUGUCGAUUGUCUGGACUUUGUGACACAGUAUCUCGAAGGCUUAGUCUUUCAACAUGAAAUGGGUGUAGCACACCGGGAUUGCUCGGAGAAGAAUCUGCUCAUGGAUGCUUCAGCCCUAUAUCCUCACGGCCAUCACCCCAUCAACCUCGACUUCACCCCUGACCUCAAGUCGCCGGUCAGACCACUAUCUCGCUCCAAGCAUAGCGUGCGGUACUGCUAUGUGGACUUUGGCAUAUCCUCCUAUUUUCCCCCUGGUACACCCUCUACGCUGGUCACCGGUAUCUUCGGUCGAAAUCAAAAUGUUCCAGAGUUAUCAGAAACCGUUCCUUACGAUCCGUUCAAGGUGGAUAUCUUCAGCGUGGGUCAAGUCUUCGAGGAAGCGUUCGCAAAGCCCUACUCCAAUGUCAAGUUCCUAAAUCCGUUGAUCAAAGCUAUGACCGCUCUUGACCCCAGCGCUCGGCCCACUGCUGCACAGGCUUUGGAUCUGUGGAAGACCAUGUCUAAACCGGGGCGUUACGGGCGGGCUUUGAGGCUUAAGCCUCGCAAGGAGUCUGUGGUAGUCGGUUUUGUCAUCGGCCUUUUCAACCGUAUUGGCGCCAUCCCAUCCCUACUUCUCUAA